ACUUCCUAAACAUUACUGAUCAAAGAUCUCAAGCUGAGUUUGACAAAAAAUAAAAAUUAAAAAAUCUAAUGCUGUGUGGUAUUAGUGUAAUUUUCCUUCAAGUUAGGGGGCAUUAUGGUACAAAUGGGUAUGGAAUAACAAAAUGAACUGGGCUCCUGGCGGGACUUGAAGCUUCUUUCUAUAAAUACAAAGCGAAGAGGUUAAACGCAGAGGACAAUGCAAAGGAAGAAGGCGUCAGAGAAUUCCUAACAACUCGGAAGAAGAUAUAAGAAACCAUACCCUUUGAAUAUGGGAGUAGAAGCCUCGCCCAGAAACGGUGAUGUUGCUCCUGCUUCUGCUCCUCAUCCUCUUAUAUUGGGUCUCCAGCCUGUCGCUCUUAUAGACCACGUUGUCCGUGUCGAUUGGUCCUUGCUGGAUCAAGUCCCCGGUGACCGCGGUGGCUCCAUACCCGUUGCAAUCGAAGAACUUCAGCACAUUUUAGGAGAGGUGAAAACGCAUAUGCUCGCAUCCCCUGAUGAUACAUCUCCUAUGCGGACAAUUGCUGGGGGCAGUGUAGCCAAUACAAUUCGGGGUCUUAGUGCAAACUUUGGAGUCUCUUGUGGGAUUAUUGGGGCUUAUGGGGAUGAUGAGGAAGGCAAGUUGUUUGUUAGUAAUAUGGGCUUUAAUGGGGUGAACCUCUCCAGAUUGAGGAGAAAGAAGGGACCCACUGGUCAGUGUGUGUGUUUGGUUGAUGCGUUGGGCAAUCGUACAAUGCGACCUUGUCUCUCAAAUGCUGUCAAAGUUCAGGCUGAUGAAUUGACCAAGGAAGAUUUUAAGGGCUCUAAGUGGGUGGUGAUGAGAUAUGGAAUAUUCAAUAUAGAAGUUACUCAAGCAGCGAUCAAGAUUGCAAAGCAAGAGGGUGUUUAUGUCUCGUUGGAUUUGGCCAGUUUUGAGAUGAUUCGAAACUUUAGAUCACCUCUCCUUCAAUUGCUAGAGUCUGGGGACAUCGACCUUUGCUUUGCUAAUGAGGAUGAAGCAAUGGAACUUCUAAGAGAUGAACAAAAUGCUGAUCCUGAGGCUGCGCUAGAAUUCUUGGCCAAAUAUUGCAAGUGGGCUGUAGUGACUUUAGGUCCCAACGGAUGCAUUGCAAAGCAUGGAAAAGAGACUGUUCGGGUUCCAGCCGUUGGGGAAGCAAAGGCAACCGAUGCCACUGGAGCAGGAGACCUAUUUGCCAGUGGCUUUUUGUAUGGACUGGUAAAGGGAUUAUCUUUGGAGGAAUGCUGCAAACUUGGCGCAUGUAGUGGCGGAGCCGUGGUUCAGUCCCUUGGGGGUGAGGUGACCCCAGAGAACCGGCAGUGGAUGUACAAACAGAUGCAGAUGAAGGGUCUCCCUAAUCCUGACGUCCGCAAUUGAUUACACAACUUGCAUAGAAGUUGUUUUGGGUCAGUUGCUACAAUUUAGUUACUCCAAUGAGAAUGGAGGCAGCUGUAGUUGCAUUUUGGUGCCAAUUUCAUGAAUACAAGAAAGCUAUUUAUUCUCUAGUGA